CUGCCCAUCAAAGCCACCCAAACAAAUCUUCCAUUCCUCAUCACCAUCCAUCCACCAUGCCAAUGCCAUGCUCUCCCUAGUCCAAGUAUUGCAGUGCAAGAGCCCAUCCAUCAUACCCAUGCAUUGGCCAAUGGCCAUGAAUGGCCAUGGCCAGCCACAAACAGAUCAAACGGUGUUGAAUAGUACCCUGUACAGAGAGAGAGAGAGAGAGAUUAAAAAAAUAUAUAAAAGGGCUAGGAGUAACUAAUAAACAAACACAGCAAGCAAGCAAACAGAGGCAUAAUUAGCACCACCUUGUAAGGUGUAAUCCAUGUGCCUACCCCUGCUAUAUAACAAUCCAAACCCCCUCUCAGCAGCUGCUGCCUGCUUUUUGCCUUACUCUCUCUUUCUUUCACACAAUCCCACUACUUGUUAGUUUGGUUUUCUCUUUACUUCCUCAUUGGUGAGUAGUGUCCUGGCCAUGGCGUCGAGGAGGAGGGGCUUCUCGGGCCUGCCGCCGCCGGCGUGCCUGCCGGUGGUGGUGCUCGUCGUGUGCCUGGCAGCCGCCGUGGCGGUGUCGGGCGAGCCGCUGCCGCAGUACUACAAUGCCAUCUUCAGCUUCGGCGACUCCUUCUCCGACACGGGCAACUUCGUCAUCAUCAACUCCGGCAAGCUGCCCAACAUGCCCAAGUUCCCGCCGCCGUACGCCAGGUGCUCCAACGGCCGCCUCGUCAUCGACUUCCUGGCCGAGGCGUUCGGUCUUCCUCUCCUCCCACCGUCGGCGAACAAGGGCACCAACUUCAGCCAGGGCGCCAACUUCGCGGUGAUGGGGGCGACAGCGCUAGACCUGAAAUACUUCAAGGACAACAACGUGUGGAGCAUCCCUCCGUUCAACACCUCCAUGAACGUGCAGCUCGAGUGGUUCCAAGAAGUGAAGCAGAGCAUCUGCCCAUCGGACCCAUCCACCUGCCGCGCGCUCUUCGCCAAGUCCCUGUUCGUGUUCGGCGAGUUCGGCGGCAACGACUACAGCUUCGCGUGGAAGGCGGACUGGUCGCUGGAGAAAGUGAAGACGACGCUGGUGCCCGCCGUGGUGGCCUCCCUGGUGAGCGGCGUGGAGCGGCUGCUCGACGAGGGCGCCCGCCACGUCGUGGUCCCCGGGAACCUCCCCGCCGGCUGCAUCCCCAUCACGCUCACCAUGUACCCGUCCGAGGACAGGUCCGAGUACGACCCGCGGACCGGGUGUCUGAAGAAGUACAACGCCGUGGCGCUCUACCAUAACGCCAUGCUCCGUAUCGCGCUGGAUCGUCUCCAGCGACGGCGGCCGGAGUCACGCAUCGUCUACGGUGACUACUACACGCCUUACAUCCAGUUCGCGCGCACCCCGCACCUCUACGGGUACAAGCGCGGCGCUCUGCGUGCGUGCUGCGGCGGCGGCGGGCCGUACAACUACAACAUGAGCGCGUCGUGCGGGCUCCCCGGCGCCACCACCUGCGAGGACCCCGACGCGCACGUCAGCUGGGACGGCAUCCACCUCACCGAGGCGCCCUACCGCUUCAUCGCCAACACCUGGGUCAAGGGCCCCUACGCGCACCCGCCGCUCGCCACCGUCGUCAUCGAGGACAUGGUCGACUGACUCACUCACUCACUCAUAUUAGUUGUAUAACGUGAAUUCCAUUUCUUCAUCUUCGUCUUCAUGUAUAUUGGGGAUCCGAACGGAUGAUCGGAGUACAAAUUUGAAAAAUCGGUUAGGGUUUUCUUGUGUUCUCGUCAUGCCGCACCUGUGUGCCUGCCCUUGCCCUCUGCUCCAAUCGAGCGAGCGGUUUUGCCGUUUUGGUGUCGUUGCUGCUGCUGCUGCUGCUGGCUUGCUGCUGCCGUGCAGUGUGAUACGGAGUAUACUUGUUGUUUGGGCAUAGAGAUCAGAUCAAUGAAGAAAACAACUCUGUUUUGAUGGUU